ACGGGUCAUACUCAGUUACUCACAGCAAACGCAAACUAUGAUAGGUCAUUUUCCUGGGACCCAUCAUGCAGCAUUCGAUGUAAAUCAUGUUAUUAUUGUAUUUGUUUUUGGGAUCUAGAUUGAUUGGUUUCCGGUAUUUAUGACUAUGGAGGGUUUUUGCCCUUAAUUCUGAAAGAAAACCAAGGCCUAACAUUGGCUCUGAUGCUAAUGUUUUUGUAGUUGGAAAUUAUGGUAUGUCUAUAUUUUAUCAUAUAUUGGGUUGUUUGUUGUGGGGUCUCAUUCAAUGACCGACUACUUCUGACAUUGCUGUGAUUAAUAUGAAUUAUUGGAAUUCAAGCUUCCAAUGUUGAAAGGGAAGUUUUGGUAACUUGCAGGAAGAAAUAAAACACAUCACAUCUAUAGGAGAAUCCCUUGCAGGUAUAGUUUAAGGAAUGAGAUGAAUGAAUUGCAAAAUGCUGCCCUUGUAAAUGGUAGUGGAGUCUAGAUUUUGAAAAUACUAGUAGUGCAGAUUGACUGGGUGGGAAGUUGGGGUGCAAUUAAAAUUUACCAGUACGAUAGAUAAAUGACUAAAUUUGUGGUAAAUGGUGGGGACUGAAUGAUAUAACCUAGGGAACUUUUACCACUAAACACAGCCGCCUAUCUGCCUGUCAACUCAUGGAUGGGAUUUGCAGAACAAUGUUGAUUUGUUAUGGUCUUUGUAAGAUUAAUCGAAUUUGCCUUUAGCAAUAAGUAAUAUACGUUGAUUAUUUUGAAAUUUGUGGCAGUUUCACACUUUAUAGAUGUCACUAGUAUUCUUAAUAUGUGUGUCUUUUUAUGGUUUCUCUACUGAAUACAUACAGAUAUUCUUGGUGCCUUUUGGUUUUUGCGAAUCAUUAAUCCAGUUUUCUGUGUGGUUUCUUUGGCUUGGUAAAUGUCUAUAAGAGCUUGUUUUACUUAUCUUGCUUCUAGAGAAACUAAAACAGUGGCAAUUUCAUUUGAAUUGUAGUUUGCAGAUUAUUGAAUAUCUGAGCUCCUCUGAUGGAGUGGAAUGCAAAGUCUUCCUCCCAGUGGGACUGGGAGCACCUAUUCUUCUUAAACUCAAGAGCAACAGAAAAUCCCAAAUUACAACCACCAAACUGGAGUGGUGAAGCAAACCAAGAAAUCAAAAUGGGGUUGUUCGAUACAUCUGGUGGCAGUGGUUGUUCUGAGUCUGAGCUAGUACACGCUUCUUCAUCAAGGAGCUCGAAAUCAGCUUCCAUCAAUUCGUCAUCAAAUAGGGAUAGUAAAACAUCUAUGUUCACUUUUGAAAGUUCCCAAGAUGAUUCCAGUGGCAAAAAAGAAUUAUCUAAAGAAGAACCAGUUGAAGCUUCUCAUGCUCUAGAACCCUUUUCUGUCACUGGUGAACCAUUGCUCACUCUAAAGCUAGGUAAACGGUUUUACUUUGAGGAUAUUUGCCCCGGAAGUGGUUCCAAGAACCUAUCUUUCUCUGGGGCUCCCAUGUCAUCUUUAAGUUCAGGAAAGAAAUGUAAGUCCAAAGGUCAGAACUUACCAUAUCCAUGCUGCCAGGUUGAAGGCUGCGGCCUUGACCUUUCAUCAGCUAAAGAUUACCAUCGCAGACAUAGAGUUUGUGAAAGUCAUUCCAAAUCCCCUAAGGUGGUUAUAGCUGGUUUGGAACUUCGAUUUUGCCAGCAAUGUAGCAGGUUCCAUGGUCUGUCAGAGUUUGAUGAAAAAAAGAGAAGCUGCAGACGACGUCUUUCAGAUCACAAUGCAAGGCGCCGUAAACCUCACCCUGAAGCCAUCCAAUUAAGUCAAUCAGCUUUGUCUUCCUCACCCUCUGAUGGGAGGCAACAAAUGAGUCCAUUCGCUUAUCCAAGGACUGCUACUAAUUUAACCUGGCAAGACAUACACAGCAACAACCUCCCCCAGACAAAAGAUUUUCUCAGGAAUCCUGCAAAAGCCAAUAAUGAGAUACCAAAUAUUGUCACUAUGUUUUCUGAUGACUCCAAUGCCCAUUUUACAUCCAAAGGCCUUGCAACCAAGAUUGUUAAUCCAGCAGGUGUGGAAGAUUCCAUUACCUUCACUGAUCCAAAUGCUACACAAGAUUUUCACCGUGCUCUCUCUCUUCUGUCAACCAAUUCAUGGGGUUCAUAUGAGACUAAGUCCAUUUCAAUAGAACACUCCAAUCACACAACUAGUACCGCUCAGACCAUAACACAUGCAAUGAGUCAGCGUUUACCUCUUGCUUCAUCCGACUGUUGGCAUGCAGAUCCACAAGACAAUUCCAGCAUGUGGAUCUCGUACUCAAACUGUGAUGACAACAAUCGCUUUCACGAAUUUCAACUGUUCAGAGAACCUUAUGAAUCUGGUUUUCCUUACGACCAGUUGGAUUAAACAUGAAUGCUCUCAUACUUAAUAGUUUCAACCUGAUGAAUUUACAUAUAAGGUUUAUAGUUUGCAACCAUCCGAAUAUGCUACAAGCACGAGACUAUUCUGAGAAUAUGUUGUGUAGACAGAAUGGUAAGUGACAAAUUAAUAUGGUAAAAUUUUAUGGAUGGGUUAAUUUUCACUCUAUGUUUA